CGCCGAAAGUGUAUAUAAAAAGCAACUUGGCCAUGGCAGCGUCAUUCGUGAAUUUAUAUUUCGACACGUUCUUAUGGCAGACGAAUUGUGUAUUUCGUGUGAUCGGAUAGUCUCACCUCGCCAACAUGCCAUCACAUGUGAUUUAUGUGACAGAUGGCAACAUCGGACAUGUGAUACAGGUUGGCACCACAAGCUGAAUACUACCGUUAGAUAUGGUGGCUGCUCCAUCUACGUUCUUGUACCAACCUUGAUGACUGAGGCAGAGAUCGUCGCUAUCACAGUAGCUGCCGACGACCUGGAUCGUGAUGUCGAAACCAAAUGCACCAAGUUGGAGGAAAAGAUACAAUCCCUGUGGGACAAAUACAUGGGGAAUGGAGUAACCACAACACAUUUCUUAAAGUCCGUGUCCAGAUUGUACGGGCCGUCCGACAACAUGACGGCAGACUUAGUUGUCGGAUUGUCUGGGGAGUGAAGUGGAUAGUGUUAUCAAACAGACGAUGAAGUCUGUUACGGACAUUAAAAUAAGCAAAACUAAAAAAAAACUGUUGUAAAAUACAAAGUUUAUAUCAACUGAUUGUGUGUGUAUUCUACCACAUUGUGUUCAAUGUAAU